AUGGAUUCCAACCAACUUGGGGGCACAGGUGCAUCUGCACCCGACAAUGUGGCAGGCACGCAGCGUAAGGUCACGGGUGCCGGGCCUUCUAAGCAGCGACGACGCGGUUCUGGCAAACCCCCUGGUGUUCCUCGCACCAGUAAAGGAAAAUCCACUUCGUCGACCAAGCGCAAGUCAACUGCAUCCACUGCUAAGCCGAGAAAGAAGCGAAAUAGCAACUAUACUAUAUCGAUGAACAAGCUCACACUCCGAAAGAGCGCCCAUGACAAGCUAGCAUCUGUCUUCCAAUUGAACAACUCUAUGGAGGCGAGUUUGACACAGGAAUCCACUCCUGAAACUCGCGAGUUGGACGAGAAGGCAUUGGGAGUGGCUUUCAUGGUUAGGAUCGAGAGAACACUCAGGAAGCUCGAGGCAACACCUGAAGAUCCUGAAGCAACGCAACAAAGAAGCAUUGGCGGCAUAGUUGCUGAUGAGAUGGGGAUAGAAAAGACUCUUCAAUCAUUGGGUUGCAUGAUGCUUGUUAAGCCAACGAAAAAGGAGAUCGCGACGGGCAAGAGAACAACUCUGAUUGUCGUCCCUGCUGGAGUGCUAAGCCAGUGGAAAACGGAGAUGGCGACGCACACGAACAUUGACCCUGAUGGUAUCGCGACCUACAACAACAACAACAACAAUAUGAACCUCAACAGCAUAAAAGCUCAGGAGGUCAUAUUUGCCUCCUAUGACCAAGUCAUGACGGACUGGAAACAGGAAAAGAAGGGAAACUUGUUUCACCUUGAGUUCUUCCGAAUCAUCUCGAUGAGGGAACUACAAAGCUUGGUUGCUAACCAUUUUCUUUUGGACCAUCUAGCAUACAAGGCUUGUAAAGCACUCAAAGCGAAGCACAAGUUCAUUCUGUCGGGGACUCCUUUCCAAAACAGUCCCAAAGGCAAGCAUCCCAUGAAGGCCCCUGCCUACCUCGCUUUUCUAGGGAUCGAUCUCACAGAGGACUUGGAGAUCUUCAAGAGCAAGUUUGGCGAGCUUGGUGAGAAAGAUACCCACCACGCACGGGUCAUGAAGGUCCUUCAGAGACAAAUGAUCAGGCGAGACAAAGGAGAGUUCUUCAUGGGCCGACGAUGA